AUGGCAACAUCCGCCCCGGGCCCAUACACGCUGCUGGAGGAAUCAUUCCGAGCCUCGCCAUCCCUCCGCCAUUCUUCCAAGCAUCUUCCGCGUCACCACCAAGACGCCCGUCCCUACUCACGCACCGCCGCACCACUCAAGCGCGAUCUCUCCUACACCACCAACACCACAGACAAUGACUUCGAGUCUGUCCCCAGCCGGCAACCCACUCCACUAGUAUCGCCAGGCGUCCUGGGUCGAGCGGAGAGUGGCCUGCCCCCGACACCUCCCACCCUUUCGCAAGACGGCGGAAAUUCUGCCCAAACGUCAGAGCAGUCGCCGCACGCUGACAGCGUAGUGAACGCACUCAUGACGAAGACAGGUACUCCAGUGAACGCCCGCAGUCCGCCGACGCCCGAUCCCAGCCCGCCACGCACGAAUGCCUCGUCUCAGCCAUCACAGCCCGCCGCUGAACGUCCGCCCAUGCUGACCUAUCCCUCGUCACGGGCCGAGUCGUUCCGCACCGCGCGCGAAGACCUCUCCUCCAACCCAGAUAGCGGAUCGGAAACGCCCGUGGGGGGUGACCGUCUGAGCACUGUACAGGAACAUCGAGGGCUGGGACUGGCUUUUGAGCUUGAGGAGGAUCAAGUCACUCCCACCAACAGGAAAGAGCCGUAUUUUGAGCCAGCGCUGGAUGCGGAUACCACGGCUGGCGCUGAAGAGAACAACGAGUCUCCUGUACAAGAGCAGAUUCCAGAUCGAGAAUGGAACACAGACCUAAUGCGGAACGUGACAAUCCGCAGAAAACGCAACUCCAAAUCAUCGCCACAAAAGGAGUACAAACCGUCGCCAAUCAAGGCAUACGAACCGUCAUCAGUAAAGGAGUACAAGCCAUCGCCACAAAAGGACUCCGGAUCCACGCCCACGAGAGAGCCUGGGGUGAAUUCGUCUCUGAUAAAGGGUCCAAAACCAUCGCUACAAAAGGAGCCUGUCCCGAAACCACAACAGGAGGAUCCCGUGACUUCAUCGCCAGUAAAAGCACCCAGAUCAUCUCGGCGGCGCGGAGAUUCGGCAUCAUCGUUACAAGAGGAUGCACCCUACUCCCCACGCAAGACCGCCCGGCCCGCCGUUGUUGUAGUCGAGACUGCCUCACCCACCUCAAGCACGCGGACACGGCGGACGUCUGCUCUACGCGAACGCAUCGAGGUCGGCAACAAUAGUCCUGUUACUCCUUCCAUGGAGAACUUUGCGCAAUCGAUUGGUUGGCCAAUUGAGAGCAAAGACACGGCAGGACAGUCACCUCGCGACGCUAGCAGCAAACGCAUGUCAACCUCGUCGACAACCUCGACUAUGGUCGAAGCCAUGGUCAUUGUCACACCACCGCGACGCCAUCAGACGUUGCGCCAUUCUGGCAAGAACAUGGCAUACAGGAGGGAUUUGACUUCGCCUGCAGAAUUCGGCUCGGACACGCAUUCCAAUCGCAAUUCUCUGAUUCUCAACGAGGUUCCACUGCAUCGUCUAGUUCACAAGCGGCUCAGCGUUGCCGAUCGACAAAAGAGGAUCAGCACCGACUCAGGUCCCAUGGCCUCUGAGCGUCCAUUGGGCCCAGAACGCAACAUGUCUCCAGCCUUGUCAAUGCGAAGCACCAGGACCAUUGACAGCUCGCGACACACACUUGCACACCAGGAGUCUGUUCGUCGAGUCUUGCAACCUGCUGCAGACAUACUCAGCAGAUCGAACACAAUCGGCCGCCCACAGUCUUCUAACACAAGCAGCCACAGGCGCAAUACUUCUGCGCCUGAGUCUGCUCGAAGGGUAUCAGUGCACCCAGGUCCUAGGAACUUCUCACAGCUAUCUCCGCCUCCACCCACCCCACCGAUAGAGGAACCCAUACCAAUCGAACUAUCCCAACCGAAGCGGCCUGUCACACCUACCCUGUCACCCAGACCGCAUCUUUCGACACCCGCAUCACGAAAGCAGGACCGGAGCCGACGGCCAACCUCUGAGAGCAAAAUUGCAGUCGUAACCAACAGAACUCUGCCAGACCUUCCCAUCCGGAAAACCAACAGAUCGACCGCGCCGGACGCGGUCAUGGAUACUGCCGCGCACGUGGAGGAAAGGCGUGGUGUGCCCUCUGGCCUGGGGGACAGAGUUCGACGACUUGUUGCCGACCACGAAGUCACGGAGGAGUCCACGCUCAUUCCCAUCACAGGCCAUUUCCCUGUAUCCCCUGAACAUUUGCAUGACUUCUCGCCGCUCCAGGAUCUCUCACCACCUAUGCGCCGAGGCUCUCGUUCUCUGAGAGGCCGCUCUGGCGAACGCCGAUGGAGCAUGCAUAGCCAAGACCGGUCGUCUGUGUCGCCAGACUUCCCGAUGCGCCCUAACCUGGAUCGCGUCUCAACAGAGGAGAUGUCCCGACGAAGCCACGAAUGGCGCCGACGCUCUGUAGACAAUGGCCGGGUCAGCUUCGACUUGUCUACGGUGCAUAGCGAGGAACAUGCCGACGCACGCCAUCUCUACGCACAAGGCACACCCUUCUCGCAGAUGUCUGAUACACUCGAAGUCAGCGAGGCUACUGCAGUCAGCAUUUAUCCUCAUAAUAACCACUCGCUCUUAGUUGUACAACAAGUUCCUCGAAGCAACUCGUUACCACUGGAUCAGCCCCUACUUGCAGCCGAUGCGCAUCUGUCUACCGAAGAUCCUCGUGACCUACAAGCGAGUCCUACGCCGCCAUUUGUUGAUGCCCGCGAGGGACACGAGGAGAUGCUUGAGCAACCCCUGCAACCGACCCUUACCAUCGAACCCUCUACGCCGCCGAUGAACCAAGAUGCGUCGCAGGCAGACGCUGUAGACACUCCUCUUCUGAAUCCACGACCCCCGCCGGAGCCUCCCGUGAUCAUGUUCAUACCCCCCACACCCGCUGAAGAGCUCGAACGUGAGCUUGUCCCUGGUCCACCCAAACGCUCCGACUCUCACCCUCAACGCCGCUCCAGACUUGUUCAGCGUGCGCGUCGUUACUCUGACCAUCUCAUUACGCCUCUUUUGGCCCGUGCAUCUAUCAAUCGACGUCGUCAUGCAGUCAGCGGCACCCACGCACAGUCUCGUCGGAUUCCUCGUGUUCCUAAUAUAGAUGAUGAUAACGGCACCCUCCAUCCCUUCUGGCGACCACGUGGUUUCUGGGAUGGCUUCGAAGACAGUGAUGAUGAUAGCGAUGAGGAUCAUACUCUUCCCACUGGCGGAGAUACCAGCGAUGUCGAAGACGAUGAACCACCUGCACCCCCAAGACGGGCGUCGACUUUUGGGAGGAAGCUCACCAGUGGCCUUCGCGGACCUGGCGGCUUCUUAAUUGGUAAUUCUCUGGGUGUUGAACGCCAUGGAACCAACAAGCGUCGUCAUCAUAUCACACUGCCGCCCCAUUUUUACAAAUCACCUCAAAGCUCGAACCAUCCUUCGUCGCCCAAGGCGCUUGGCAAGGCUCCAACAAAGCAUUUCGGCACUCAUGAAGGUGGUGGCAUCUCAAAGCGUCGGUCUAGUAACAGCCUCCGCUCAAAUGUGUCCUAUGAAGCACCUGGGCGACGGGCCUCAUGGCGCCAAGGUCGCAGUCUACCAGGUAUCAGGAAAUAUGAAGUCCAAUACAUUGGCCUAAGCGGUGUAAAGGAGAAUUUCAAAGAGCGGAGAGCAGAGAAAAGACGGAACAAACUUCGUAAAAGCAUUGGAUCAAGAUAUUACGUGGAUCCGGUGGGCUCGAUGAGCACUUGA